AUGGCGGCGAGAGAGUCUCGCGUUCGGACCAAACCCACAAGUUUGGUAUCACGCAUCUCUCUUCUCUACCCCUUCGAUUCGGCUGCUUUUCUUUCAACAUCGUACGAUCAAACCCUAAAAGUGUGGGCUACAGAAAGGGCCACAGUCUCUGCCUCCUUUAAUCUCGGUUUCAAGGCAUAUACGCAUGCCAUAUCACCAAUUGCCUCACACUUACUAGUCGCAUGUGGAACGCAACACCCUGCUGUGCGUUUGGUGGAUCUACGCUCUGGCUCUAACGUUCAAACAUUAGUACCUGGCCACUCAGGUGCCAUUCUGGCCACUGCGUGGUCCCCUAGACACGAGCAUGUCCUCGCUACCGGUUGUGUAAACGGAACGGUCAAAGUCUGGGAUAUUCGUCGGGCUGGUGGGGUCAUUGGCAUGUUAGAUCACGAAGACAGUCUAGGGCUAUAUUACAACGGCCUUAUAGAUGCUAGUGGCAAAGUCAGAACUCGAGCCUCCGCGAGAGCGCAUACUGCCCCUGUGAAUGGUCUAACAUGGACGGACGAUGGAGCGUACAUCGUGUCAGCGGGUCACGACCGACGUAUCCGUGUAUGGGAUGCCGCUACCGGGAAGAACACACUCGCGAGCUUUGGACCAAGCAUCAGGAACAGCCAGCUAGCAAGCAUUACCAUGUUUACAUCACCAAUGGGCCUAACUCAUCCCGGUAAGGAAUUGCUCUUCUGGCCUAAUGAGACUGAGAUCCUCGUCUUGAACUUACAUGAUGGCCACGUGGUCACGAAGCUGAGAGGAACUGGUCCAACUGUAGCGGGUGUUAGAUCUACCAGUGGUGCCCAACGCACCACCAAGAAUCGAAUUGCUAGCAUAGUCUGGAGGGGAGCAGGCGGCGGCGGCAGUUCAAGCGGUGUCGUCAUGGGUGGUAGCAAUAUGGCUGGUGCUAUCUUUAGCGCUCACCUCGAUGGUCAAAUCAGGGCGUGGUUACCCCGCUUAGAAGGCGAUGAUUAUGAGGAUGAGGACGAGUCCCUAGACGAGGCCAGUAAGGACAAGGCCAAGAAGCGGAAAGCCCUCGAUGAUGUCUUCAAGGAUUUGAUGGGCAAGAAGAUCACAUUCACCUAA